AUGGCGACUACAUUGGCUGACGACAAGCGAACACAAUUACAGCCCGUCUGUCAAAAUUGCGGCACCUCCACCACCCCCCUGUGGCGCCGGGACGAACAAGGCUCUGUCCUCUGUAACGCCUGUGGCCUGUUUCUGAAGCUGCACGGCCGAGCUCGGCCGAUAAGCCUGAAAACAGACGUGAUCAAGAGUCGCAAUCGCGUAAAGACUGGUCAAGGUCCCAAGCGCAAGUCCGGUGGGCCUGUUGAUACCAAUGGCCUCCCAUCGCGAUCCGAAGCCGAGUCUCCUCCUUUAGGAUCACAUGGGUACCGUCGCGCGUCGCGCAAAAUGUCCCCGGGUCAUUCGGAUCGCUCCAACUCCCCCGUCUCCCGCACCGAGACACCUGGCUUCGGUUCGUCGAUGCACGCGCACAACUCGAACAUCGCGCCCCAGCACAUGUUCGACAGCGUCACCCUGGGAGACGGCAUGAGCUCCUCCACUGGGCUGCCCUCCCGCCAGAUGCGCCAACCCUCCCCCUCGGCCGUCGAACGCCAACUCGAAUCCCCUCACACAUACGAAAGUCUCGUGGCCCUAAACACAUCCCUGAAGACUCGUGUCAGUGAACUGGAAUUCGUUAACGAGCUCUUCCGCGGCCGUGUGACAGAACUCGAGCAGAGUGACGCUAGCGCGCGCCGAUCGGAGAUGAUCGUCCGCGACUCCGAAGUACGUCUACGACGCUCCCUCGAAGACUCCCAGCGUCGCGAGGAGGAACUCAAGACUCGCAUCAGUGAUCUCGAACGCCAGGUCGGAUCCAGCAGUGGUGACGCCGACUCAGGCGAGCCCCUUGCCAAAAAGAUCCGGCUGUCUGACGUUGUGGAAACUGAUGAGGUGCCGGCCAAAUCCCCGAAGAGCGUUUAA